UCAAACAAAAAGCAAACAACUAUUAAAAGGGCGUUUGAAAUUUUUUUGUCAAAACCGUAUAAUACAACUGAACAGGCUAUUUGUGACAAAGCUAUUACUAAGUAUUUGAGAACUAUUAAGAAUUCUGCAAAAAGAGGUAAUUCGAAAGGGUUUAUUAAAAUUGUAAUUUUAUUUGAUGAAAUAGGAAAUGCCAAUGGAAUGCUUCAAGUUGAUAAUUGUUACUUUCACAGAAUUGAAACUAUAGUUUCUGAUAUUAUUGAAGUUUUAAAACCAUUUAGCGAUAUAACAAAUUAUAUUUCAGGAAGUUUAUACUCAACGAUGAGUAUUAUUUAUCUGACAAUAAGUUCUCUUUAUAAUUUUUUAUUAAAAGAAUUUUUAGAAUUUUUAGAUAUCAGUAUUGAUACUUUAGAUAAAAUAGAUCUUGAUAUCACAGACAAUAUUAAUAUAUUUGAUGAGAAAGCAUCAGAAGAUAAAGAAUUAGAACAAAUAAAAUUCCCUGCUAUGACUAAUAAAUUG